AUGAGGAUUCUUCAGGAGAAUCAAGAUCCUUUCUAUACCUGUCCACAAAUUCCAAAUCAUGAAGAACUUGCCUCCGCAUCUAUCAGACCUCAAAGCACCGACCCAAUUGAUAUAAUGACUUCUUCACCAAACACCAUCCAGCCCCGCGGAUCCGAUGUAAACAAAUCUGCUGAAUAUGAUGGUACGGCUCAAUCCCUAUUAACGCUUUCCCCUCAGGCUGUUGACAAAACGGCUUUUAGAGAGAGAAUCGAAAAAUGGAUCUCGGAGGUUGAGCAUGGGAAAUGGGAGGAUGGGAGGAUAAGGGGAGAGGGGGAUGGAGAGAGGAGAGUAGAUGAAGGGGUUUCUUACAAGAAGAGAAAGAAAUGGAAGAGAAAUAAAAGAAAGAGAAAUAAAAGAAAGAAGGGAGAUGAAAAUAAAGGUAAUGAUGAAAAGUCGAUAGCAGCUGAAAGAGUCUCUGGUGGUAAGAGAUGUAAGAGAGAUAGAGAGAGGAAGUAUAAGGCGGGUGAUGAUGAUGAAGUACACGGAGAGGAAAGUCGAGUGAGAGAGCGAGGGAAUGGAGGUAAUGAAGGAUUUGGAAAGUAA